AUGAAGAAGGUUGGAUAUCGUCAAAGUCAUCUGGUAAGGAUUAUAGCUGCUGCUGCGCUCGUGGGACUUUGGUGGUUUCUCUCCUCGAGUGAGCUUUCAUAUACAAAGCCAGAAAUCGAUUACAAAGGUGAUGGCACUCAGCUUCAAAAUCAAAAUCAACCCAAACCCAAACCCACCGAGGGUGCUAGCGUCCCAGGUACUAUAAUGCCGUCAAUGCCGGAUCAAGAGGCUAAGAAAGAAUUAGGACGUGCAUCUUGGAAAUAUUUCCAUACCUUACUGGCAAGAUUCCCAGAUGAACCUACCGAGGAACAAAGAAACAAGCUAAACAGUUUUAUUCAUCUCUAUGCAGAACUAUACCCCUGUGGUGAAUGUUCCUAUCAUUUUGUGAAGAUGUUAGAGACCAAUCCACCCCAAACCUCUAGUAGAGUUACCGCUGCCAUGUGGGGUUGUCACAUUCACAAUAUAGUCAAUGAAUACUUACACAAGCCCAUUUACGAUUGUUCGACGAUCUUAGAAGACUACGACUGUGGAUGUGGUGAUGGUGAAGGUAAGAUCCGUGAUAGCUUAAAAUCUAACAAAGUUUCCCUACAAAGAGAAGGUCAGCAAGGUGGAUAA